GAUCAGCUGGAACAACAAUAGCUAUUUUAAACAUUAGUGGAAAAACCAUACGUUCUGCGUUACACGUGUUAGAAAAUGUUACCAUUGAUGAGAUUUCAAUGGUAUCUACUGCAUAUUUAUAUUCACAUCAAAAAC